GUUCAUCCCGGCGAGGGAAUCCUAAAGGGUGUACCAGUGUUUGGGAUGGGCGUCUGAACAUGGACACAUAAUAACGGUGUAGACAUAACUAUAUACAGUACACAUGCUUCUUAACUGGUGCUUUUUAUAUUAAGGACGUCCUAUAAAAGAAUAAAAAUGCCGAGCAACAAGCUUGAUAAGUCUGAAAAGCCUGAGGUCAGCGAUAAUGUUAAAGUGGUGGUGCGAUGUCGACCUCUCAACCAAAAAGAAAAGAUGAUGGCAUACAAGCAGUCAGUCAAUGUGGACGAAAUACGAGGAACCAUAACAGUGAACAAACAGGAGACGGGCAAUGAACCACCAAAGACCUUCACAUUCGACACUGUGUUUUGCCCUGACAGCAAGCAGCUAGAUGUCUACAAUUUAACAGCUCGGCCUAUUGUUGAUUCUGUUUUAGAGGGAUACAAUGGAACCAUUUUCGCCUAUGGUCAAACAGGCACUGGAAAGACCUUCACUAUGGAAGGAGUUAGAGCAGUGCCUGAGCUCAGAGGAAUCAUCCCAAAUUCAUUUGCUCAUAUCUUCGGCCACAUUGCAAAAGCAGAGGGAGACACUAGGUUUUUAGUUAGAGUUUCAUACCUGGAGAUUUACAAUGAAGAAGUUCGGGACCUGUUAGGCAAGGACCAGUUGCAGAGAUUGGAGGUGAAAGAGAGGCCAGACGUGGGAGUCUACAUUAAAGACCUGUCUGGUUAUGUUGUGAACAAUGCAGAUGACAUGGAUAGAAUAAUGACUCUUGGGCAUAAAAACCGCUCUGUUGGUGCCACUAAUAUGAAUGAGCACAGUUCCCGCUCUCAUGCUAUCUUCACUAUUACCAUUGAAUGCAGUGAGAAGGGCAUUGAUGGUAACCAGCAUGUGCGCAUGGGCAAACUGCACUUGGUGGAUCUUGCGGGAUCUGAAAGGCAGGGUAAAACAGGAGCCACUGGGCAGCGUCUUAAAGAGGCCACAAAGAUCAACCUGUCCCUCUCCACACUGGGAAACGUAAUCUCUGCUUUAGUGGAUGGCAAGAGCACCCACGUGCCCUAUAGGAACUCCAAAUUGACGCGUUUACUGCAGGACUCUCUGGGAGGAAAUUCCAAAACCAUGAUGUGUGCAAACAUUGGACCAGCAGACUACAAUUAUGAUGAGACAAUUAGCACCUUGCGCUAUGCUAACCGUGCAAAGAACAUCAAGAAUAAAGCUAGAAUCAACGAGGACCCUAAAGAUGCCCUUUUACGCCAGUUUCAGAAGGAGAUUGAGGAGCUCAAGAAAAAAUUGGAAGAAGGAGAGGAGAUCUCAGGAUCAGAGGGAAGUGGAUCUGAAGAUAUGGAUGAAGGGGAGGAUGAAGCUGGAGAUGGUGGAGGAAGACGCAGGAGACGGCGAGGGAGGAAGAAGGUGUCCCCAGACAAGAUGGCAGAGAUGCAGGCAAAGAUUGAGGAGGAGCGAAAGGCCCUGGAGGCCAAGCUGGACAUGGAGGAAGAGGAGAGGAACAAAGCACGGGCAGAACUGGAGAAGAGGGAGAAAGACCUGCUCAAAGCACAGCAGGAACAUCACCUGUUACUUGAGAAGUUAUCAGCUCUGGAAAAGAAGGUUAUUGUCGGAGGAGUUGAUCUGUUAGCCAAAGCAGAAGAGCAAGAAAAGCUUUUAGAAGAAUCUAACAAUGAACUAGAGGAGAGACGGAAAAGAGCUGAGCAGCUCCGCAAAGAACUUGAAGAGAAAGAGCAAGAGCGCUUGGACAUCGAAGAGAAAUACACAAGUUUGCAGGAGGAAGCUCAGGGAAAGACCAAGAAAUUGAAGAAAGUCUGGACUAUGUUGAUGGCAGCAAAGUCGGAGAUGGCAGAUUUGCAACAGGAACACCAUAGGGAGAUUGAGGGUUUGCUGGAGAACAUCCGCCAGCUCAGCAGAGAACUCCGCCUGCAGAUGCUUAUCAUCGACAAUUUUAUCCCUCAGGAAUACCAGGAAAUGAUCGAGAAUUAUGUGCACUGGAAUGAAGACAUUGGGGAAUGGCAGCUGAAAUGUGUGGCCUACACCGGCAACAACAUGAGAAAACAAACCCCUGUGCCAGACAAGAAGGAAAAAGAUCCAUUUGAGGUGGAUCUGUCCCAUGUGUAUCUUGCAUAUACAGAGGAGAGCAUGCGCCAGUCACUGAUGAAACUAGAGAGGCCCAGGACCUCAAAGGGUGGCAAGGCACGGCCCAAGACUGGGCGCAGGAAGCGUUCGUCCAAGCCAGAGGUGGGGAGCGAGUCUUUUAUGCAGUGAGCACCUGUGAUCCCUCACUGCAGGAAUCAGGCCAGUCAACUUUUGAAUGAAAGAAUGAUAUUGAUAUUAGUUGACUAAAGGCACAAACAUUUAGAUGUAAGUAUAUUAAAUCUGUGGUAAAGAUACAAGUAUUCAAUGUACAUAUGUCGGAAUAAUGUCACCCUGUUCUUUACUGUUGUUAAACACUGAUUUAUUCAAACCGCUCAUUCAGCAAAUGACAUAUUUCCUGUUUAAUCAUAGAGGAGUAAAAGUGUUACUUGGGGGUUUUAAGCUUCUGUUACAUGUCAGUACUCCCCCUGAUGCCCUCACUGAUUAGCUUGUCUUGAACAACCUACUUUAGAUAUGAAUCACUUGCUUGAAGCUUGACGUCUGCAGUUGUGUUUAGGUCUUUAUUUGAUGUAUAUGCUGUAUGUAUUGUGUGUUCCUGACCUCGUUUGGUGGGAACGUUUGAGAAUGUCUGCAUGCGGUUUCAUUCAUUGUAGCAUCAUUUAUCAGUAGUACACACAAAUGCACUGUAGUCAACUUUAUUUAAUUUCAAAAUGUUUACAAUACUCUGCUGUUAUAUGUAUAACCCCUAAUUUAAUAAAUUAUUUAAAGGUUA